AUGAAAAAAUAUCUGAUUAGUGCAUGUCUUGUGGGUGAAAAUGUUCGCUACGAUGCCAAGAACUGCCUACAACACAAGCUUAAACAACUGCUAGACAAGCAACAAGCCGUAGUGAUUUGUCCUGAAGUUUCAGGCGGCUUAAGUACACCUCGGCAACCUGCUGAAAUCGUAGGUGGUGAUGGUUAUCAAGUUUUAAAAGGGCAAGCCAAAGUAAAAGACGCCAAUGGGCAUAAAAUAUCAGGCAAAGGGGUUACCGUAGCCCUACUCGAACAACAUGGCUUUAGCCCAUUUUAUCUGCUUUCGCUGCCCAAUACGUGGCUAAAACAGGCCCUGAAAUAUUAUGCCAUAAACUAA